CUUAAGAAUAAGAUUGGCAUCUUGAUUCAGAUCUGAAAUGCAUUGUUCUUUUUCUGCAAUUCAGAUUCCCAUUUCCUCUUUUUCCCAAGACUCCAACGAUGAGCUAUCAACCUCCAUUGCCUGGCUCAAAAAUUAUUAUUGUCGGUGGCGGCUGUUUUGGCCUGUCGACGGCUUACGCGCUAUCACUCAAGAACAAGUAUGAUGUAUGGGUUUAUGACCGACAACCGAUUCCUGUGCCGGACGCAGCAUCUACAGAUAUUAACAAAAUUGUGCGCAUGGAUUAUGCCGAUGAAACACUUUACAUGCAUAUGGCCAUUGAAGCCAUGCCAUUAUGGCGCCAAUGGAACCAAGAAAGAGCCGACAUGGGCUUGUCACCCGUUUUCCAUCAGACAGGUGUCUUGCUUCUAUCCAGCAAUGGCGAGUAUUCCAAGUUUGAACGUUCGAGCAUGCAACAUAUUCGAGAAGCCGGCUAUGGCCAUGUGAUUGAAGAGUUUCCCAACGGUGAAGCCAUCCUGAAACGAUAUCCGCAAUUCAAGACGGCCGUGCAGAACGGUUACAACAUUGGGUAUCUCAACAAAGAAGGAGGAUGGUGCAAUUCGUCCGAAGCUGUGAAACACAUGUACUUUAAAUGCCAACAAAACGGUGUGAACUUUGUGGUGGGUCCCGACAAAGGAUGCCUGGAAAAACUAAUCAUGGCCUCGGAUGGCCGUGGACAAAUCCGCGGUAUCCAAACAAAAGAUGGUCGUACGCACGACGCGGCGCUUGUGAUCCUUGCCACCGGUUCCUGGACGCCCGGUCUGGUGGAUUUGUCUCAGCAAGUGGUGGCAACAGGCCAAACCGUCAUUCACUUUGAUAUGCCUCCCGAAUAUCGCCAGACUCCCAUCGAUUCACCAGUAUGGUGCGCAGAUUUGUCGCGCACAGGCUUUUACGGGUUCCCAUUCAACAGUGACGGCAAAUUGAAGGUGGGUCGCCAUUUCAGCGGAUACCUUUGGCCCCGAGAAGGUGAUCAAAUCUCGGUGCCACGCACCCAAAUCACGCAUGCCGGCGAUACCAUUCCUAUUGGUGCCUUGCGCGAUCUGCGCACAUUUUUGGAGACCUUUUUCCCACACACCAGCAAGCUGAAUGUGUCGCACGCAAGACUGUGUUGGUAUUGUGAUUCGAUCGACGGACAUUUCUUAAUUGCUCCGCAUCCAGAUUAUCAAAACCUAAUCAUCGCUUCGGGCGAUUCUGGUCAUGGCAUGAAGUUCAUCCCCAAUAUUGGGUUUAAAAUCUGCCACGUUAUUGAAGGCAUCCAGUCGGACUAUACUCGGGCAUGGGCAUGGCGUAAUUUAUCUGCCAAAGAUACACGUUUGGACGGCUUGCGUGCCGAUGUUCGAAGCCGUCCCUUGAUCCUAGCCGAACCGGAUAAUGAGGAUGCACGAUUGGCCACACCCGAAGAACUGCUUGUAUUGAAAGCCCAUCUGUAGCCACAUUUUUGGAAUCAGUUCUGAAACUCCAAACAUUCACGUCUUGCACAUUUUUUAUAGUAAUUUUUUUAGAUUAAAUUUUUUGUUUCUAGG